ACUAAGCAGAGAAUAGUCCACCUACAUUGGCCGGAGACCUGAGCCAAGCUUAUUGAUGAGCACAGGGGCGUGGUGUCGCUCGUCUCCACACGUGCAAACAUUUAAAAGUGUGGACACACUAAUGUGACCGUUUGUUGGAUGUUCACUUGGGGAGCGAACUACGGUCCGCGACUCUUUGCUGUCGUACCCGAGCAGGAAAACGGCUAAAGAUGUUGCCGGACGCCUAUGGGUGCGUUGUGGCGAACAGGUUCGGGAAUCUUCUGGAUGACGAAGCCGACCCGUUCGACUUGAUCAACGAAGUGGAAUCGGAGAAGGAGAAAAAUAAGAAGAAGAAAAAGAAGAAGAACGAUGAGGAUAAGAAGGGCAAGCAGAAAAAACCCGGACAGAAGGAAUCACAGAAGGACAGGCGAGUCCCCUUCACGGCCGAUCAUGGUCAAGACCCUGUUCCAGUUCGUAAACAGCAGCAGGAACGUUCUGGGCCUGUGACUGAGAGAGGAGAUGGCAGAGAGGAGGCCCAGAGGGGCAUGAAGAGAGCUGCUGCUGGGGAGCGUCAGGCAACCCAAGAGGAGUACCCACAGGAGUUCUCCAUCUCCAAACCUUCCUAUAAUGCAGAAUCCAACCUCCGAGGCAGAGGGGGGAUCAGAGGCAGGAGAGGAGCAAGAGGUGGCGGAGGAUACACAAGGAACCCGGACAACUUCAACCUGAGGGGCAAGAGAGAAUAUGAUCGACACAAUGGAACAGGUAUAUCCCCUGAAGAGAAGCGAGGAGGCAGAGGACCCUGGAACUGGGGCUGCGUUGAAGAAGCUUCAAGUGAAUUAAUGGAGGUGACAUCAGAUGCUCCAGUCAAAUCUGAGGAGCCCCAAGCACCUGUGGAUGAAGAGAAUCCGAGUCGAGCAAUGGAAGAGGAGGACGGAGAGAUGGUGGUCCAGGUUGCCAUGGAGAUGACCCUGGAUGAGUGGAAGGCCAUGCAGGAGAUGAGUCGUCCCAAGGCAGAGUUUAAUAUCCGCAAAGCAGAGAACAAGAUUCCCUCCAAAGCUAAAGUCAUCCACCAGUCAAAGCACCUGGAGAACUUCAAAGGGACUCUGGAGGACAUGGAGAUUGAGGGCAACUUCCUCCGUAGAUCUGUGAAUGACAUAACCUCCCUUCUGGACAUCAAUUUCGGGAGUCUUGGACGCCCCACUCGUGGAGGUCGGGGAAGGGGAGCAAGAGGUGGUCUGCCUACUCGCCUAGAGAGACCUAAACCCAUACUGGAGAGGGAGGAUGAUCUGGCUCCUAAUCCAGAUGACCCAGAAGAUUUCCCAGCACUAUCAACAGGAAGAUAACUAAAUGCACUUCUCUUCAUUUACCUACUGUUUGGAAAAAUUUGUUGCACUUGACACUUGAUAGGAAACAGUGUUUUCAUGUUUCUGCUGUUCUUAAGGUUUUGGGGUUCUAUUGCACUGGAGGCACUGUUUAGCAUUUGACUCCUGGAGAAUAAAUGCUUCUGCAAGUUUA